CCGGGAAGCAAAGUUAUCGCCGAAAGGUUUAAGUUUAAUCGCCGCUACCAGAUGGAAGGUGAGACAAUUUCCGCAUUUUCAGUGGAACUACGCCAUAUGGCAGCAAGAUGCGAUUUUGGGACGUUCCUGGACGAUGCUCUUCGAGACAGGUUCGUGGCUGGCCUCAGCGACGCUUCGAUUCAAGCCAGCCUUCUGAAGAAAAAGGAGCUAAGCUUCGAAACCGCGUGUGACUUGGCAAGAAGCUCGGAACUGGCUGAGAAAGAAUCGAAAGGCUUCCGCCCAACCUCUGACAGGACUUUUCUCGACGAAGGCGUCCACGUCAUUCAGAAGGGUCAACAAAGACAAAAGGCGAGGACUUCGGUUGGUCUUGCAGCCGGUACCUCUUGUUACCGAUGUGCGGAGCAACAUGAUGCUGGAGACUGUCCAUAUCGAAAGGCAAGGUGUCAUUAUUGCAAAAUGACUGGUCAUCUGGCUCGGGCGUGCAAGAAAAAGAAACGAGAAGCGGUUAAUGCAUUCAACGACAACGAUGAAGAAGUGGAAGAGUUACAACUUUUUCACGUUCAGCAAAGUGGACCGACGACUCGACCUUACCGAGUGCAAGUGCACAUUGCAGGUACGCCGGUGGAGAUGCAGAUAGACACAGGAGCGGCUGUCUCGAUUAUUAGCGAGAGCGUCUUUUCGUCCCUGUCUUGUGUACAGCCACCAGUCAAAACAAGACUGCAACUUAGAACGUAUGGAGGUGCACCACUGGAAAUUGUAGGGCAAGCGGAAGUGCCUGUGGUCUACCGAGAACAACGCAAGACGUUGCCUGUCGUGGUUGUACCUGGAAGGAAGCCGUCACUACUUGGACAUGACUGGCUUGCAGAACUAAGGAUUGACUGGAAGAGCGUAUUCACGGUGCAGACAGACGGAAUGGUGGAGGAGCUGCUACGCAAGUAUAGCGACGUUUUUUCUACGGAGGUAGGACUAAUAAAGGGACACAAGGCACAGCUGGUCCUAAAGGAAGACGCCAGACCAGUUUUCUGCAAGGCUCGACCGGUUCCCUUUUCCCUGCGAACAGCAGUCGAAGAAGAAAUCCGACAGCUCGAACGGAAUGGGGUCCUGGUUCCCGUGGCACAAAGCGACUGGGCUACACCAGUGGUCGUCGUCCCUAAGGCAGACAAGAAGGUGAGGCUGUGUGGAGACUUUAAAGUUACCUUAAAUCCUUGCAUAAUGACGGAGCAUUAUCCAUUACCCUUAGUAGAAGACAUCUUUGCAGUAAUUGCGGAAGGCAAGGUCUUCACUGUCUUGGACCUAACCACUGCGUACCAACAAAUAGAAGUGCACCCUGACUCUCAAAAGCUGUUGACGCUUAACACGCACAUCGGCUUAUUUCAGUGCCUACGCAUGCCAUACGGAAUUUCCAGUGCUCCAGCCAUAUUCCAGUCGGUGAUGGAUCAAGUGUUAAAAGGCAUGAAGGGCGUUGCCUGCUAUCUCGAUGAUGUCCUCAUCACUGGAGCGUCCGAAAGGGAAUGUUUCGAACGCGUUGAAGCCGUCCUUACUCGGUUUCGGGAGCACGGCGUUCGGCUCAAGCAAGAGAAAUCUAAGCGCCCGGAUUACCAGCCAGCCAGAAGCUCGCAUUCAGUCCUACAACUACCAGGACGGCUCGAUCAAGCAGACCCCACGGCGGCUCGAGAAAUGGCAGCCCUUCCAGACCGUCAACAGGGCGACGAUCAGAUGCUGCAAGACCAAUCUUCACAUGAGCCCCCAGCAUCGGGGCGCCUUGAAGAUGACCAGGCGAUAUCCGGCCCCGAGAGCUCGGAGCAGGUACCAGUACAGUCUACACCUGGAACCUUAAGGCGUAGUACACGAAUACGCAAGGAACCUGAUAGGUGGGGAUACAGUUAAAAAGAAAAUUAAUGCUGGCAGAAGUGUUGUGAAAGUAUGACGUCACUGCCACACCCCCUGUUCGUACCUAGAUAAACAGCGCGUGUUUUGGGAAUAAAGCCAUUCCUAUUUCUGCUAUCUGCGUAGCGUCUGUAUGCAUGCUA